UAUUUACUUUUAUUUUUUUUAAAUUUAUGAUCAAACAGCUCGUAAAUGUUUUUCCUCCAUAUUUCACUCAAAAAUCAAGUUCGGGGUGGGGUAUUAUCAUAGCACCAAACCAAACAGAAAUAUCACUCCGACCCGGCAAAACUGCCGUUCGUGAACCGUCAACUUGUUGGCGUAAAGGAAGAUAGAGGACGAACUCAAAACCCUAGUUAGUUACCUGCAGAAGGCAGCUGUGGAAUUUGAAGAAGAAUGUCGUCGACUCUACUGGAAGUGACUCGUGCAUCGCACGAAGAAGUUGAACGUUUCGAACGGCUUAUCGUUAAGGAUCUCCAGACCGAGCCGCCUACUAACAAGGACCGCCUCUACCAGAGCCACCGCGUUCGUAACAUGAUUGAACAAAUCAUCGACACCACGCUCAAACUGGUAGAUAUUUAUGAAGACAAAGACGGUGCAAGGAAGGAUGAAAUUGCAGCUCUUGGAGGCCAGACAGCUACUGGAACAAACGUGUUUAGUGCAUUUUAUGACAGAUUGAAAGAGAUUCGUGAAUACCAUAGAAGGCAUCCUGCUGCGCGGGGUAUUAUUGAUACCAGUGACGAAUACGAGCAGCUCCUCAAAGAAGAACCACAAAUCGAGUUUAGUGGCGAGGAAGGUUCGGGACGAUAUCUUGACUUGCAUGAGUUAUAUAAUCAAUAUAUCAACUCCAAAUUCGGUGAGCCAAUUGAAUACACAGCUUAUCUUGAUGUAUUUUCCCAACCGCAGAAGAUUCCUCAUAAAGCAAAGGCGUCAAGGCAGUAUCUAGAAUAUUUGCAGAAACUGUUGGAGUAUCUGGUCUACUUUUUUGAGCGGACGGAGCCUUUACAGGAUCUUGACAGGAUAUUCUCGAAGGUUACAAGUGAAUUUGAAGAGGAGUGGACUUUGGGCAAGGUAGAAGGAUGGGAAAAUAAUGGUCAGGAAGAUGGAAGUGCUCCAGAGAAUCAUAUUGAUCUUGGUUAUUAUAGUACAGCUGAGGAGCUAAUGGUAGUGGGACCAGAGAGGUUAAAGGAGGAAUUGGGAAGACUGGGAUUGAAGACAGGAGGUACUGUUCAGCAACGUGCUGAGAGACUUUUCCUUACGAAGAAUACACCACUAGAGAAACUGGACAGAAAACAUUUCGCAAAAGGCUCACGGAAACCAGAACAAAACGGUGUUGUUGUAGCUCCUCAAGUGGGUAAUGUAAAAGAGAUUGCUCUCCUGGAAGCCAAGAUAAGAAGGCUAUGUGAUCUGUUGGAUGAGACAAUUUUGCGGACAAGAGAAAAUGUUGUGAAAAAGCAGGCUUUGACAUAUGAAGAAAUGGAGGCAGAACGUGAAGAGGAUGAUGUUCAGGCUGAGUCUGAGAGUGAUGAAGAAGAUCAACAAAUUUAUAAUCCUCUGAAAUUGCCAAUGGGCUGGGAUGGGAAACCUAUUCCGUACUGGUUGUAUAAACUUCACGGUCUUGGUCAGGAGUUCAAGUGUGAGAUAUGUGGGAACCAUAGUUACUGGGGCCGUAGGGCUUAUGAGCGGCAUUUCAAGGAAUGGAGACAUCAACAUGGGAUGCGUUGUCUCGGAAUCCCGAAUACGAAGAACUUCAAUGAGAUCACAUCAAUCGACGAAGCCAAGCUACUUUGGGAAAGAAUCCAAGAAAGACAAGGGGUGAAUAAGUGGCGCCCUGAUCUGGAAGAAGAAUAUGAAGAUCAAGAGGGAAAUAUCUACAACAAAAAGACAUACACUGAUCUUCAACGCCAGGGAUUGAUUUAGAUGAAUUUCUGUGGAGCUCAUCAUUCCCUUUGGCGAUAUAUUACAGACCAGAUGUCUCGGUUUUGGUUGAACAAGCACUUGUUAUUCAGUAAGCAAUUGUUGAUGUAUUCACCUGGAACUUCGAAUUCACUAAAUGGGAGACCGAGGUACAUGAGACAGAAACCUGUAUUAUUUGGAAUGAUAUUAGCGAGGACGUCUUUAGGUGGCCUAUUAUUGUUAGAUUUAUUUUUGAAACAGAGUCGUGUACGGUCUUUGGGGGUUUCCUAGGAAGACAUCCAAAUAUUUCUGUAUACAUCACUGUUAUCCAUACUUUUAGGGUGUGUUUGGUUUUCUUGGAAAACAAGUUGAUUUCUUAUUUA